UUCUAAUGGAAACACAAUCGUAUUGAGAUUUAAGUGAGUAUUGGAAUCUAAAUUAAGUUCUGAAUUGUGAUUUGAAGUUUUUCUUUACGUUGAAAAUUGAUUAAAAUGUCCCAUCCAUAUAGUUAUUCCCAAGAUAAUGCAUCAUCAUCAGCUUUACGUAAACGUAAAACGUUGAAGAAGUCUAUUAAUUUUUCAACCAUGAUAAUUGGAGAAAGUGGAAGUGGACGUUCAACUUUGAUAAAUACUUUGUGUGGAGGAAAUUCAAUUGUACCAACAUCAAGUACAAUUAAUCAAGAUCCAUUUAGUAAAAAAUUAACUUUAAGACAUGAAAAUGUUGAAUUAGAAGAUAAUGAAGGACAUAAGAUUAGUUUAAAUAUAAUCGAUACUCCAAAUUUUGCAAAUUCGAUUAAUUGUGAUGAAGAUUUUAAAAUUAUUGUUGAUUUCAUAAGACAUCAAUAUGAUGAAGUUUUAUUAGAAGAAAGUAGAGUUAAACGUAACCCUCGUUUCAAAGAUGGUAGAAUCCAUGUUUUAUUAUAUUUAAUUAAUCCAACUAGUCAUGGAUUAUCAGAAAUUGAUGUUAAAUUCUUAUUACAUAUAAAUAAUUUAGUUAAUAUUAUUCCAGUUAUUGCAAAAGCUGAUAGUUUAACUACCGAAGAAUUAAAAUUGAAUAAGUCUUUGAUUUUAGAAGAUUUAAAUAAUUAUGGUAUUAAUUAUUACAAAUUUAAUGAAUAUGAAUAUGAACAAGAUUAUAUUGAUGAUGAAAUUAUUGAAUAUAAUAAAUAUUUGAAUUCUUUAAUUCCUUUUUCAAUUAUUGGUGCUAAUACUUAUCAAGAAAAUACUAAUGAUGAUGAAGAAGAAUUAUAUAAAUUAAGAGUUUUAAAUCCAAUUCAUUCAAAACCAAUCAACGUUGAAUUACCUGAUUAUAAUGACUUUACCAUUUUGAAAAACGUUUUAUUAAUUACUCAUUUAAAUGAAUUUAAAGAAUUAACUCAUGAUGUUAUUUAUGAAAACUAUAGAACCGAAGCUUUAUCUGGUAAACAAUUCCAUUACAUUAAUGAAAACGAUAAAGAUUCUAAUAAUGAUAAAGACGAAUCAAAUUAUCUUGAAAAAGAAGAACAAAUUAAAUUAGAAGAAGAAAGAUUGAAAAAAUUCGAAGAAAGAGUUCAUCAAGAUUUAAUAAACAAAAGGAAAGAAUUAUUAGAACGUGAAAAUGAAUUGAAAGAAAUUGAAAAAAGAUUACUCGCUGAAGGUUUGAAAUUUAAUGAAGAAGGUGAAGUUGUCAAAAUUGAUGAAUAA